AUGGCCCUGGCCACCUCCCUGGCCUGCCUGCUGGCCGUGGCUGGUGGCAAAGCCUCGCAGGAUUUCGAGCAGGGACCCAGAACUUUCUGUGAUGACACGCUCUCUCGGACCGGCUUCCUGCCGUCGGGGCGAGGUUCGCAGUACUUCUACUGGCUAGCUGACACACGCCGGAACAGUUCUGCUCCCUUGAUCCUGUGGAUGACUGGUGGGCCCGGCUGUUCCUCCAUCCUGGCAAUGCUGUCCGAGAACGGGCCCUGCCUGGUGGGCAAGGGCAAUGCGUCGGAGAAGUGGCAGAUGACGUGGAACCCAUGGAGCUGGACCGAAGCCGGGACGGUCCUCUGGGUGGAUCAGCCCGGGGAGGUGGGUUUUUCCGUCGGAGCGGAGAGCGACGACGAGCUGGAAGUGUCUGAACGCAUGCUUUUCUUCAUGCUGGCGUUCUACGAGCGUUAUCCAGCCCUGCUGGAAGCACCGCUGCUGCUCGAGCGCAUGAGAGUCUAG